GACACCUUUUGCUGGAGGAACAGAGGACAGACAGGCAGCAGGUGAAGGAAGGAAAGUUACCAUGGCAGCGGCUUCAGAUCAGAAUGUGGAGUUUGUGCGUACAGGCUACGGCAAGAACAAAGUGAAGGUGCUGGUGAUCAGGAGACAGGGCAGCCAUCACUACAUCAUCGAGCUGAAAGCUGACGUGGAGCUCACUCUCAAAUCCCGCAAAGAUUAUCUAACUGGAGACAACUCAGACAUCAUCCCCACCGACACCAUCAAAAACACCGUCCAUGGCCUGGCCAAGCUCAAGGGGGUUAAGACCAUUGAGCAGUUUUCUCUGGAUAUCUGUCAUCAUUUCCUGACCUCCUUCAACCAUGUGCUGAAGGCCAGAGUUCACAUGGAGGAGGCUCCAUGGAGACGGUUGGAAAAGAAUGGGGUAGAGCAUGCUCAUGCAUUCAUCUUUAGCCCUGAAGCUUGUCGCUUCUGUGAUGUUGAACAGAAUCUCAAUGGCAUCCCGGUGGUACACAGUGGGGUGAAGAACAUGACGCUGCUGAAAACCACCCAGUCUGGCUUUGAGGGUUUCCACAAAGACCGCUUCACUACUCUGCAAGAGACCAAGGACAGGUGUUUCUGCACCUCUGUCAUGGCUAGGUGGCGCUACAGCAAGAGUCAGGAUAUCGACUUCGAUGCUGCAUGGAAGUGUGUAAAGGAGACGAUCAUUGAGAAGUUUGCUGGUCCUUAUGAUCUUGGAGAGUUCUCCCCCUCUGUGCAGAAGACCCUUUAUGAAACACAGGUUCUGGUCCUGGAUCGAAUUCCUGAGGUUGAUGAAAUAGAGAUGGUCAUGCCCAACCAGCAUUACAUCACCAUAGACAUGACGAAAAUGGGGAUCAACAACAAAGAUGAAGUUCUUCUUGCCUUGGAUAACCCUUCAGGCAGCAUCACAGGGACGGUCCGUAGGAAACAGAAAGCCAAGCUGUGAGGCACCUAUAAACCAGGAAAUGCUUCUGCUCUGAUCUACGUAUCAAUCUAAAUAAGCUACUUGAUCAAAUAAUAGUAAAGUCCUGACAACAAAAUAUUAACUACAACUCAAGAUAUCCGAACAUGAUUCUGGCUUUAUCUGUAAGUAAAUAUAAUGAAAUAAAUGACUUUACUAAUAUUG